AUGAGGCCAGGUAUCCGCCUGGUCCAUCACACAGACCUAUGCCCCGCCGUGACGACCGGGACGGCCGCAUGUACGACGAUCGUUCGCCAUCCCGAUCGCGCUCGCCUGGCGGUAUACGCUCUCCUCCCCGCAACCAGUAGCACAGAGCGCAUGCUUUCCUUGGACAAGCGUCCACUUGCUUCCUCAGAUCUAGCUGUUACUAACUCAAUACAUGAGAAGAUCUCUCACGCUCGCCUCCCCGUGGGCCUGCGGCGGACAGAAGACCCGAAUAUUCCAGAGACCGAGUCGACUCUAGACCCCGUUACCGCAGUCGCGAUCGCGAUGACUUUCGACGGCGCUCAUCACGCUCCCCUCCUCCCAGGCGGGGCAGACCAGCCUACCGGGAUCGCGACCGUGAGGGCUAUCGCUCCCCAGGAUACCACAGCCGAAGCCGGAGCUACAGUCGCAGCCGCAGCCGCAGUCCUCGCCGUAGCCGACAACCCCAUUACGGGCACGAAAGCAGAGAGGUGGCUAGAGCUUUCCCGACAACUUGGGUUUUUGAGGUUUCGGAAUCUAAGCUUGUCUCGCGCAUUCGUCGAGCGCAACUUUCCUACGAUCUACCUACAUGGACCCAGCGCACAGGACGACCGCGGCACAAAGGUCCGCAUCGCAUAUAGCCGUGAAAGGGAGGACCGUGCUCGUGCGAGAGCAGAGGCGGACUGGAACUGCAUGAUGUGUGGCAUUGUGAAUUACUCUACUCGUCAGAAAUGCUUUAGGUGUCAAGCGCCCCGACCUGACGCUGGCCCGGCUGGUCCUCCUGGGUUGCCUGCACCGAAGGUGGAAAACCAUGGCGACAAUGAUGCUGCGCCGGAGAAUCAGCCCUCUCAGUUCCUUCUCUUCCGCGGACUGGAACCUUCCGUGACGGAAGAGCUUCUCGCCAAGGGUGUUGCCAAGCUGUAUCGUCCUGCAUCUGGGAACGAGGCGCCAGGCAAUGGGAAGAAGGGGGCGAAGGUGGCUUCUACUACGGGCGAUUCUAACCUUGGCGCCAGGGAGGGCUCCAUCCGUCGUGUCUUGCUGGUGAGAGACCGUCGCAGUAACGAGAGCUGGCGCUAUGGGUUCGCCGAGUUUGCGACUAUUCAGGAUGCCCAAGCUGCCAUUACACGCCUGAACUCGUUCGAAAAAUUCACCAUAUCAUCCAGGCCGGUUCUCGUCAGCUACAUCCACGCCGGUGUAUUCGUUCCGGUGCUCAAUCCCACAAGCAGUGAACGCUUCACAUUCAGUCCUUUGAACAACCCAUCGCUAAAACUUAUGUACUGGGAUGAGGAGGCAUACGCCAGUGAGCUUACGGUAUCAACUGCAGAACUCGAUAACCCCAAGGGAGAGAAACCAGCCGGUCAAACCGAUCACAAAUCCAAGGAUGCAGAUAAGGCGAAGAAACGCAAGGCGGAAGCGGCCGCCGCUGCCGGAGCCAAGAAGAUGGCCGUCCCGUCACAUUUGCAGUUCUGGAGCAACCGCCAUGCCGAAUUGCAUGACCACGCAGGCUCUCCAUCCGAUACAUCCGCUCCACCAUCUCAAUCCUAUGCCGAUCCCAACCGCAAUUGCUGCUACUUGUGCUUGCGCCAAUUCAAGUCAUCGGCGGAGGUUAAUCGCCACGAGCGUCUCAGUCAACUCCAUCGUGGAAAUCUCCAGAAUGAAGAAUCGGUAGCCAGGGGGAUUCGCAAACUCGUCAAGCACGGAAUUAUCCCAGCGCCGAUGGAGUAUCGUGAUCGCGCACGGGAGCGGCGCAAGGCAUUCGGCAGCUCGAAGCCCUCAGCAAAGAACAAACCCGCUCCGCCCCCGCCAAAGGAAGAGGAACCUCCAGUGCAGAGCACAUCAAAGGGAGCAUCUCUCCUCAGCAAAAUGGGAUGGACCGGAGCUGGCUUGGGUGCUCAAGGCACAGGCAUGACCGCCCCAAUAGCCACAGAGGUAUAUGCCCAGGGCGUGGGCUUAGGAGCGCAGGGCAGCAAACUGGGAGACGCAACAGAAGAAGCCGGCCGCAACACGCGCAACCGGUACGACGAAUUCCUGGAGAAGACGAAGCAAACGGCACGAGAACGAUACGAGAAGCUAGACCGAUAG